UAAAGAAGAUUCUCGACUCGUUCUCGAUUAUUCAACGGAACAAGUCGCUUCCCACAGCUCCUUCCAUCGUGAUACAUCUGCAGAAAAUCUCGUGUUCUUCCUCGAAAUGGCUGCCCCACCACCUCUUCCCAUGUACUUUGAGAACCUUUGCGCAAGGCAACCGAACUUGCAAAAAAAGGCAACCGCAUUAGCGUACCCGCCCAUCCGCACUGGCCCUGGGACAGGAACUCAAAGAACGUUCUCCGAUCGUCCAACCAGGCAAUCGAUUGCGCGCAAACAGGCAUUUGCGGAUCGGUCCCCUUUUAGGCAGCACCGUGACAAUAUGGCCGAUCUUGCCUGGCAGUUGUUUAUGCAGCUACUUGCGUUCCAGGUAGUUCCACUGCAGCUUCUACUGCGGGAGGAGCUCUAAAACCGCUAAAAAUAACUAGACACCAUUUAGCUGAGCUGAGUUUACAUUUGUUGCAGUUUGGCGUUACUUUCCCAAGAUUUUCAGAAACGGCAGAUUCAACGGCCCCCCCCUUGUGCCAAGACAUGUUUUGUACUGUAAAGCUCCGUUUUACGCACAUGCAAGCCACCGUGUGUGUGGCUGAAUGUUGGCUCGGCCGCAUGAUGCCAUGGUGACAGUAUCUUGCCCCUGCGUGGCCCAAUUCCCCUCGUCCGAGGCCGGAUGAGAGCUGUUAUUAUCCUGAUUCUGUUCUAGAUGAUGCAGCCAUUGGAAGUUUUCCCAAGAAUUGAAUUGGUCCAUCCAGGUGAUCUUUCAAUGGCUCGGAUGGUUGUA